AUGGGGGACGAACAGCAACAAACGCGUCCCAAACGUAUUUUUAUUAACGACGUCGACAGAUAUUCCUCCAAACACAUCGCUAAGUUUUUAUCGACAUCCAGCGUGGAUGAGGAGGCCUCUGAAGGAGCCGUGGAAGCAGGAGACACCUCCUCCGCUCGAGGUGAACCUGCUUUUCAAAUAGUGGGGACUGUGUCUCCGUCCAGCAAACAUGAUCAGCAGCCCUUUCUGUUGGAACAGUAUCCGUCACCAACUCGAGGCGAGCUUCUUGAACGCCUGCUGGAGUGUGACGUCGUGGUGUACAACAUCUCAGAAAGUGCUACACAACAGCAGAUUGAAGAAGCCACAUGGGCAAUCACAACGCUUAAUGAUGAGAUUGAGAACUUCAAGUCUCGAAAAAUGUUCAUCUUAGUCUCAAGUGUGAUGACCUGGACUAUGACCAAGCCGCAGGAUCCGGAAGAAACAGAUGUUCUGCUCACAGAGGAAGAGUUCAGAAGAAAAAGGCCACAUCCCAAUUUCAAAAACCACAAUAUUUUGGAGAAACUUGUGCUGAAACUUGGCAGAGGUAGAAACUCCAAGCUUGCUGGAUAUGUUGUAGCUUCUGGUCUUCAGUAUGGAGAGGGAGAGAACCUCUUUCACUACUUUUUCAAGGUCUCUUGGUUGAUGCAGCUUCCAAAAGUUCCUCUCUUUGGACCGGGAACAAAUCAUAUCCCCAUGAUUCACGUAAAUGAUCUUGCAGGAGUGAUCCAAAACAUUGUUGAAUUCAAGCCAAAGUCAAAGUACAUUCUUGCUGUCGAUGACUCCAAGAACACUUUAGAGGAUAUUGUAAAGAUGAUAAGCGAUACACUUGGUUCUGGAAAAAUUAACAAAGUACCUGAGCAGGAUGCCAUCGCCAUGAAGGCUUAUAAGCAAGAGGAAUUGGAAUACCUUAAUAUCAACCUCCGCCUGGAUGCUUUCAUUAUAAAAGACUCCUUCAGUCUCAACUGGACGUCUGAAGCUGGGAUGGUUGAAAACAUGGCGAGCAUUGUUGAGGAAUACAAAAACACCAGGCAGCUUCUUCCAAUCAGAAUCUGCCUGGUUGGACCUCCAGCUGUGGGUAAAACCACCAUUGCAGAGAAGCUCUGCAGUCAUUACCAAAUACACCACAUCAAGAUCAAAGAGGUCAUUGAGGAAAAGCUCACACAGCUGAAGGAGAUCGUGAAUGAAGCUGACCCUGAAAUUGUCAGUGAAGAGGAAGUGACUGCUGCAGAGAAACAACUGGAAGAAUUGAACCAAAGCAUGGAAAUGAAUGCAGGUCGACUGGCUGACCAUCUAGUUUUUAACAUUUUAAAAGAAAAGCUGAAUUCAAAGCCAUGCAGGAACCAAGGAUUUGUUCUCAAUGGCUUCCCCAAGUCUUAUGAGCAGGCAAAGCGGAUUUUCUCUGAUGAGGACACAGAGAGCCAGGAUUUGAUGCCCAAAACACGUGUGUACAACAAGGAGAUCACUCCAGAGCAUGUUUUCGCCCUCAAUGCGACAGAUGACUUCCUGACAAAGAGAGCUCAGGGACUUCCACAGAGCGUGGCGGAGAACAUGCGUUACACGCAGGAGGAAUUCGUGCCUCGCCUGACGAGAUACAGACAACUCAGUACCGCGGAGGAAACCCUGCUGGACUACUUUGAUGAGCUGGAGAUUCACCCAGAACAUAUUGAGGUCACUACAGCUGAUUCAGAGUACACAGAUGUCAUGAAGAAGAUCACAGAUACGGUGGGGAUUCCCAAAAAUUAUGGCCUAAAUCCAGAGGAGCAGGAGGUGGAGAACAAAAAGAAAGAGGAAGAGAGGAAACAGAAGCUGGCGGGAGAUGCUGCUCAGAAGAAACGAAGGAAUGAAGCUGCACUGGCUGAGAUGGCUGCUCAGUAUGAGGAGUGGCAGAGGAAUUUGUCCGAGGUGCAGCGGCAGGAGUUGGAGCUGCAGGAAGCUCACUCUCUUCCUCUGAGGAACUAUCUGAUGAAGUACGUGAUGCCGUCGCUCACUGAAGCCAUGUUAGAGUGCACCGAGAUCAAACCAGAGGACCCCGUCGACUUUUUGGCUGAACAUCUACUACGGAACAAGCAGCAACAAUAACAUUGAUCUCAUGAGGAGAUGUUAUAUAUUUGAGGCUCUGUUUUU